AGAGCGGACACACACACACACACACACGUCGCACACACGGGCUCAGCGGGAGACAGAGGGACAAGUGUCCGCUGCUCAGACACCGGAGUCCGGUCAAGUUGAAGUGGAGCCGCGGGACGCUCGGUUCUCCAGAGCGUGCGGUGCGGUGCGGUGCGGUGCGUGUUGGUUGUUGGUAGAAGAAGAAGAAGCAGAAGAAGAAGAAGAAGAAGUUCCCUGCGCCCUGGACCCAAUGGAAUGUUUCACUUUAACCGGAUUAUCGCAGCUGUGAACUUCCAGACCGAGGCGGCUCCACCGGGCCUCCUGUCUGUCCGCAGCCGCCCGCCGCGCCUCCUGCCCGGCCUCCUGCCCGCUCUCCUCCCCGGUCUCCUCCCCGGUCUCCUCCGGCUGCAGCGGUCGGUCCUAUGAGCGCAGCGUUCAGCUCGUCCUUCAUGGUGAUGCAGCGGCCACCUGGAAGCACCACCGCCUUCAGCAUCGACUCUCUGAUCGGGGGGCCCCCGCAGCCCAGCCCGGGACACUUCGUGUACACCGGCUACCCGAUGUUCAUGCCGUACCGGUCGGUGGUGCUCCAGCCGCCGCCCCCGCCGCCCCCGGCCCUGCAGCAGGCUCUCCCCGCCGGACACCACCCGCAGAUCCCCGGCCUGCAGGGCGGCUUCUGCUCCAGCCUGGCGCAGGGCCUGACGCAGGGCAUGGCGCAGGGCAUGGCGCAGGGCAUGGCGCUCACCUCCACGCUCAUGGCGUCGCUGCCCGGAGGAUUCUCCCCGUCCCAGCAGCACCAGGAGGCGGCCCGGAAGUUCGGCUCCCAGGCGCUUCACGCGGUCUUCGACAAGGAGCUGCGGCUGGAGGCGGAGGAGAAGAGCUUCCUGCAGAAGGAGUCGCUGCAGGGGUUCCACGACGCGGAGCCGGUGCAGACAUCCACAGGCAGAGGACUCAGUAAAGACGACUCGAAAGACGAGGACAGCGGGCGGAAGGACGAGACCUUCUCCAUGGACAGUGACUUGGACUACAGCUCCGACGACAACCUCACCUCCCUGAGCCACAAGGAGGACGGGGACGGGGGCGGAGGUCUGGAGGACGCCCCGCACCAGCACGGCUCCGGCUCCGGGGGCUCCGGGGCGGGCGGCGGCGGCGGCGGAGGGAAGAACCGGCGGCGGAGGACUGCGUUCACCAGCGAGCAGCUGCUGGAGCUGGAGAAGGAGUUCCACUGCAAGAAGUACCUGUCGCUCACCGAGCGCUCGCAGAUCGCGCACGCGCUCAAGCUGAGCGAGGUGCAGGUGAAGAUCUGGUUCCAGAACCGGCGCGCCAAGUGGAAACGCGUCAAGGCCGGAAACGUGAACAACAAGUCCGGGGAACCGUCCCGGAACCCGAAGAUCGUGGUGCCGAUCCCCGUGCACGUGAGCCGCUUCGCCAUCAGGAGUCAGCACCAGCAGAUGGAGCAGAACCGACCGUAGAAGAAGAAGAGCCCGUCCCGUGCCGAUGCUUUUAAUAAUCACCAGUGAUCCACUGGGUCAGAAACCAGUUCCUCACAUGUGGCCCCGCGGGAUUCGAACUGUGUUCACAGGAUUCACCCACGUGGCUUCACGUGGCUCCAGAGCCUUUCACCGAUUUGACCCUUUUCCAGAUUCAAACCAGAUCAAAUCUGUAAACUCCUCAAACAAAGAGCUUUGACCACAUAUUGAAUAUCUCUCCUGUAAUUACAGACACUGACAUGCCCCCCCCCCCCCGAAGGACCGUGGCUUCAAUUAGAGACAUGACGUUUUGUGACAGAUCACAUUAACGAAGCUUUAAUUACAUUUCUGACUCUGACGAUUUAAUUAUGGCCCAAAUGUCACCGAGACGUUUUUAAAUUCAACCUUUUCCUGCCGCGGUUUGGUUUUCACAGCUGAGACCAGAGAUCCAGACUCCAGCUGGAAUCGGACGUUUCUCUGCUCGGGCACGAGCUCGGGCACGAGCUCGGGCCUUUUCCUCCUCUUCAUCACAACUCAGAUUAAAAGCGUCAGCACGAGACAGAGACUCUUGACCCGGAAGUGCGCGUGCAGAAAGAAGAGUGUCAUCGUGAAAAACUGCGCGUGAAGACGAAGAGGAGGAUGAAGAAGAGACAGCACCCCUCCCUCAUGUAAAUACACGCGGGACCAAACUGAGCACAUGACGUCAUUUGAAACGUCGUGGAUCUGGAUCCGUUUUUAACGAAGCUCGAGUCUGAAGAUUUGAAACUUUCCUCAAACGGCUUCACUUUCAGUUUGAUUCUUUUCCUCUGGACAAAGUGACGCUGCUAAUUUAUUUAUAUGAAACUGUGUUGAAGUCAUGAAACUAACAUUCCUGAAGAUGAAGGUGUGAAUUAAAGCCUGAGCAGAUGUGAA